GGCAGUGUGCGUUUUCGCGUUGGUCUUCAUCAGGUACAUAUGAUACUGAGGAGGAAGAAGAGCGGUAGCAGGCAAAAAUAAUAAUGGCGGAGUACGCGAAGGUGCAAAAGGGAUCGCUCAAACUUAAAGGAACUGGUGAUAUUUCGUCGGGGAAAAAGAAGAAAAAGAAAGACAAGGAGAUGAAGCAGCGCUUGGAGCAGCAGAUGAUGACGCAGAAAGAAGAGCCAGAGACCAAGAAAGGGUACAUGGAUAAAAGAACUCCAGCCCAAAUAGCGUUUGAUAAAAUGCAGGAAAAGAGGCAAAUGGAAAGGAUUCUGAAAAAAGCGUCAAAAACACACAAACGAAGAGUUGAGGAUUUUAAUCGGCACCUGGAUACCCUAACGGAGCAUUAUGAUAUUCCCAAAGUCAGCUGGACAAAAUAAAAUGGAAGAUUAUUGGAGUCUUUGGAAUAAACUGAUGGAAGUUUGUCAUUUCUGAUUAGUUGUCUUGCAACAAAACAGCUUGGUUAUGUAAUUUUAGAUAUUCUGAAUAUUGUCCAUUGUAAAAUGAUGGCAAGAAUGUGUAACAUUUUUAUGCUUUGAGUGUGACUUUGUGAAAUAAACAGACUUGGGAAAUGUC